AUGGCGCACAGCUGUGUGAGCUACGAAGGUUAUAAUAUCUUGAGACACAGACUGGUUCUAUCAACUGGCACUGGCAAACCUGGAAAAAUCCGAACCAACGAUGAUAUUCGUGGACUACGAGGUACAACACUGUACUUCCAGACAGGCCUGCUCUAUGGAGGAGCAGUGGAACAUGACUGCAGUCUCCAGCGCUUCAUUGGCUACUACUUGGAAGCAAUGCUGGCACUGGCUCCUUUCAUGAAGAACCCACUCAAAGCUGUCCUGAGAGGAUUUGGUCUUUCAUUAAUAGCAGAGAUGACGAACGGGACCAACCUUAGUGCUGAAAUGGCCUCCAACCCUCCGGGACAAGGGACACCCAUUCUCCCAGAGGAACUUGGCAAAAACUGUGCCAACCUACUACUUGAAGAAAUUUACAGAGGCGGCUGUGUGGAUUCAAUAAAUCUGAGCUUGGCUUUGCUGUACAUGACCCUUGGACAGCAGGAUGUUUCCAAAGUGCUUUUGGGCCCACUCUCACUAUACACGAUCGAGUUCCUUCGACAUUUGAGAAGUUUUUUCCAAACCGUGUUUAAGAUAGAAGCACUAAAGCCAGAAGAGGAUGGAAAGGGUGGGGAGAAAGUUCUGAUGACCUGCGUUGGACUUGGAUCUACAAACCUUAGCAAAACUUUGAAAUAAUAAUAAAAAAAAAAAAAAAAAAAAAAAAAUGUUAAAACCAAAGUCUUCUAGGUGUCAUUUAUAACUUUAAGACUAGAUUAUAAAACUAAAUGUGGAAUGUCUUUGUCACGGGGUCAUGCUCCAUGUUACAAGAUUUUGUGGUUACAUUUAACAAGAAAAAUAAUG